CGGAUAGCUGUCCAAAUAUCUAUUUUACUGACGUCUGGACGUGUUCAUGAACGAUGAACGGAACGGCCACUGCCAGCGUCAGCGUCAGUACGCGCGACUUGCUGACCUUUAUGAUUUCGUAAGGCGGAACACGGUCUUGGAGACGCGCAAACAGAACCCCUUCUACCGCCAAAAGGCAUACCAGAAAAGACCCUCGUGAAGGAGGAAAAACUGUUACUGGGACUUUCAUGACGAGAGUCAGUGCGUUUGUCUCCAUUUGUCAGUUUCCUCGAUUCCCGUGUCCUUGAGACUUCCCCACGAUCGGCCCCAUGGAAAUCCAGUGCCUGUCUGGCUCCCACUCAUACCAUGCACAAGAUGUGCAAGUCAAUACUCCAGCCUUUGAUGAAAAGGACGUCUGUGGGACCUCGGACUCUGUCAUCACGCUAGAAGACUCAGAACAUCGUCAAUCAGCCCAGACUCUAGUGGGAAUGAAAACCGCCAAUGGUCGUAAUGUACGACAGAUAUUUUCCGAUCGCAAGAAGAUUGCACAGAUGAAAUACUUUCAAAAAGUUUGCAAAAAGCGGUUGGAUGUCUUUGUGGGUACUGGGAUCAAACCUGUGCAUCAUAAAAUGCCAUCUCCAGCCAUGCGACUUCCUGACGAGAUUCUGGAUGAUAUAUUUCGUUAUACCAGUCAUCGACCGGCAGACUUGGCAAGCUGUAGCCUGGUUUGUGCGCGAUGGCAUCGUAUCGUUUCAUUGCACCUAUGGGAAUCAUUAGAUCCAUCUUCGCAUUGGUCAAUGAAAAGGUUGGGAAGCGUGUUUGAUUCGGCGUCCAGAAGGCAACAGAGGAACACGAGAGGUAAAAAGCAGAGUGAAGUACAUGCACCUACCUCCAAUCUCCCACUCGUGCGAGCAAUUAAAUUGGGCGCUGUCGGUCUGCUCCCGGACGAACCUCCAUUGAAGUUUGGUGGCUCCGGUGGGAUGGCAAAUGGACUGGCUCGUUGGUGUCUCCGUCGCCGUUGGGUCCGCGUCAUUUCGCUAGCUGGCGAAGCGUUACCUAAUUUGAAGCGAUUAGACUUGUCUUAUUCGGCUGGUUGGCUACGAGACGAUGCAAUAUUCAAGAUUGUCAAGAGUUGCGGGAAAACACUCGAAGAACUGUCGCUUGCGAAUGGGUAUCUGGUCACGGACGAUGGCAUUGGCGCUCUAGCACGCGGAUGUAAAAAGUUGAGGAAGUUGGAUGUGUCUCAUUGUCUUUUAGUUGGAGAUAAGGGUGUCGCAGUCCUUGCUGAGGAGGGGAACAGAAGAUUGAGAGAAUUGAUCAUGACCGCAUGUAACAUUGGCGAUCUGGGUGUGUUAUUUCUGGGAGUUUUCUGCACCGAACUGAGAACAUUGGAUCUCGAAGACUGUUUUAUGCUGACUCAAAAGUCACUGACGGUCAUCAUCGCAAAGUGUGUUCAACUUGAGCAUAUCAAACUUCCUUGCUUUGUCUAUCCCCGUUUUGGCCCGGCGGCUGAUCAAAACAGUCCACAUCCUGUGCUUGAAUCACUGCUAAAACGUCCACCAUGCUCAAAUUUCAAGACACUCGGAUUGUCAAUGUGCAGUGGAGAAGAAAUAGAUACACAUCUACCGCGCAUUCUAGCUAGAUUUCCAACAAUCGAAACGCUGGAGAUAUCGGGCUCGCCUACUGUUUCGAGUAUUGUGGCACCAGCUCUAUCACAUAUCACCCGAUUGGUUUUAGCGUCAACGGGUCAGGUUGAUGAUGAGUUUGCAGCAGCUGUUGCAGAACAUUGUCAUGAACUGGUCCAUUUGGAUUUAUCACACUGUCGAGUGACAGCAGUCGGAGCGGCUCCGCUAUUUGUCAAAUGCCCGAAACUUCGCUUCCUCUGCCUGGCAUACAAUCGCGGACUUCGCCUAUUCCAUUUGUACAGCUUGCUCAAACACAAGCGAUUGGCUUGCUCGGCACUUGACCCAGAACAGAAGCGACAUCUUGCGUUCUGUCUCGACGUUCGCCCGCGGCUGCUGAAGAUUGAAGACAUACCGUGUCCCGAAGCUAGCAGAUGUCCCAUGAACUUGGUCGCUGCCCCUGCACUUCGCACGCUCGGCUUGUGUCAAAUCGGUGCAAUAACAGACGAUUGCGUGCGUAUCUUACAUAAGAUUGCACCGAACGUGGUAGACGUGGAUCUAUCUCAUUGUCCAGCCUUGGUCGAUCCUAGAGUCAUUUAUGGGUUUGUAAAGAAGGCACGAUCGUUAAAGAGACUGAAUCUGUCCUGCUGUGACCGGUUGCUUGGAACUGCCGGUGCUGUCAGAAGGAACGGGCGGAUUGUUGCAAAGGUGGUGAAGAUUGGACAAGAAGAGGGUUUGAGGAAAUGGUCGGAUGAACCACCAAAACGAUGUGGGUAUCACCACCCUCCAAUUGCCAAGCUGGAUAGGCAUCGUUUCUGUCUUAUUGAAUCCAAAAUGACAGCGUUUCGUGCAGCCCAGGUCCCGUCUUUGGACUGGUACUACGAAUGGACAAAGCUAACUUGCCUCCCGGAAUGAUAUGCCUUCCAACAGAAUGGGAACCUUCCGAGUGCAUAUGCCUUACACAUAGUAUUAUAGCGUGUGGAGAGAAUGGUUCAUCCCCUCUCCUAACCUUCUCGAGUUCAUAAAAAUGGUGUCUGUAUAUAGUGGUAACAUGUGGUUGUGUCGUUUGUCUGAAUACCAAAGUAAGGGCAGUCGCAAAAGUAGGAUAAAAUCAGCUAUUUAUUGGCAAACCAAAC